AUGCGGGCCAACAGAAGCUCUCUGACAACUAUUGUGAAUAUGCCUAAACCAGACCAAUCUGUGAUGGAUAAUAAUGAGAAUAGGCUUCUGAUAGAUGAGAGAAACUACAACCGUGAUGAACAAAGAGAGAAUUUAGACAAGUGGUUACGUAUGUCGACCGAUGAGCAACGAAGUGUCUACCUAGAAAUUAUUGAAGCUGUGAAUUGUAACAAGGGAGGUAUGUUUUUUGUUCAUGGAUUUGGUGGUACCGGAAAAACAUUCUUGUGGAGUAUACUUGGCGCUGAUAUUCGAUCUAGGGGUGAUAUUGUUCUUAAUGUUGCAUCGAGUGGUAUAGCUGCUUUACUUAUGGAAGGUGGUAGGACAGCUCAUUCUAGAUUUGGUAUACCCAUCCAUGUGGACGAAUUUACAAUAUGUUCAAUAGAUGGUAAAUCACAUGUUGCCGAGUUAAUUAGAGAAGCAAAGCUCAUUAUAUGGGAUGAGGCUCCGAUGAUGAACAAAUUUUGUUUCGAAACCUUGGAUAGGAGUAUGCGAGAUAUUAUGAAGUGUGAUAAGAUUUUUGGAGGUAAAGUUUUUGUUUUAGGGGGUGAUUUUAGACAAAUUUUACCGGUUGUGCCAGAGGCUGGGAGAGUUGGGACAGUUUUAACCUCUAUAAACUCAUCAUUGCUUUGGGAUAGUUGUAAAGUAUUUCGGCUUACACAAAACAUGAGGCUUUGCAAGGCGAAAAAUAGUCAGGAUGCAGAUGCUCUCUCCACGUUUUCAAAAUGGCUACUCCAUAUUGGGGAUGGCAAGAUCAACGAGCCUAACAAUGGUGAGGUAGAAAUAGAAAUACCCGAGGAUUUAUUAAUUGUUGCAUGUGACAAUCCUAUACAAGCAAUUGUUAAACAGAUAUACGGUCCAUCAUUUGCAACAAGGACCGAUGCAAAAUUCUUUUGCGAAAGAGCUAUUCUUAGUCCAAGAAAUGAUGACGUCGAUAAAUUAAAUCAAUAUAUGCUCUCUCAACUUCCAGAUGUUUGUGCGUGUAUAAUGGAUGUGGAAGAUAGAAGAAGGCCUGCGAGUAUCAUUGAUAUUAAUGAAGUUGUUCUCAUAUUGUUGAAUGGCAGGUGUGAGACUGUGAAGUACCGUCUCAAAGACAACCACGCUACUGAAUUCAGGACCAUAUGGCAAUCAAGCGGGUGCCAUCUCAUAUACAAAUCCGAACCUGUGUUCUGUGUAAUGCGGUUUAUGAGGAUUGGAGAAUAUGAAGGUUCACCAUGUCUUGAAAAUACCUUGGACUCUUCGAAGAUCUUCAUAAAACCAGAGUACGAAGGACUGGAGCAUCAUCAGGCUAUGUAA